AUGAUCAUCUUUUAGCUAAACUGUUAAUGUUUGCAAAACUGUGGGUAUGACUUCUAAUAAGCUGAAUUCUGCAAAAUUAACUGAACAAGUUUUGUUAAGAAUUUCCCCCUUUUGGGGCCCUUGUACCUGUUUAUUUGUUUUGCCUGACUUCAUGAUAUCUUUUUGAAGAAUUUUUACUUUGAGCUGUCAGAAUGCUUGAAAUUUUACAACACUUAUCACAACUACCAUAAAAUGAUAAAUGGCCAUAGAAACCUAUCAAGAAACAAGUGCUGAGAGAAGCAUUUUCUCCUUUUUACUGCAUUCCCUGUGUUCAAGUGCUUCCUUUUAGAGUCACGACAGUAAAUCAAUUUGCUAUUUGGAUUGUUUUGACAUAUUAAGUCUAGUUGUAGAAGAAGAGUUUUACUAGAGGAACAAGGGUUAGCAGCCUAAUAAAUAAUAUAAUUUUCAUGGUGAUCUCUGCAGUUCUGAUAGUGAUAUAAACAUAUUAUACAAGAAGGUACGACAUAAACCAAUAUAUAGUAUUGGAAAGGAUGUUCUGUGUCAUAAUGGACAAAUCGUUACUGUAACAUUAGAUGUCUCCACAAUACUGAAAUUUUCGCUGAACAGACAGAAUGAACAAAGAAUCGGAUUACAGAAUUGUCAGUAUAGCCAGAAGAACAGAGGGCCGGGCUGACUCUGUUGAGGAAGAAGGAAUCAGAUUGAUGGAUGUUCGGAGAUUGAGGAAUAAAAAGCACAGAAUCAAGCUACACAGAGAAAAGCUACGUAAGCCCUCACUGGUGGACAGUUAUUGCACAGACGAUGAGAGUGUACCGAGCUCCCGGCGUUAUUCCAACACCACCUUCCCUUUGUUCUCAAACUUGUCAGAUGAUGAGGUUAUUCUGUCUCACAGUCAGGAAACAGGAAGUGGGCUAAAGGUCUCCCAUUCCGCUCCGUCAUGUCGUUUACUCGUAGAAGACACCGACGAUGCCCAAAGGGAAUUUUUUCCAUUUGUACACCUCCCUUUGGAUUGCAAGCUAAAGAUUUUGUCGUAUCUGAGCUCAAUCGAAAAAGGCCGCAGCAUGCGAGUGUGCAAAGAGUGGUGCCAUAUUCUGAGAACGCCAAGCUUAUGGAUCAACAUAGUAUUGUGGGACUUUCCGCUAACUUGUGUUCCAAUGGCGACAUCAUCAAGGGGAGGUAACCAUAGCAAUGGAGAUUGUUACACCUGUUACAAGAGGCGAGUUCAUGGUUUUGCUUGCUUUUUGAUGAAAAUCAGGCCUCUGAUCAGAAGGUUAGAGUUCAAGUUUGACAUCUAUCCAGACUCUGAUGGGUAUUUGGAAAUGCUCAAGAACCUGCUGCGCUGCAUUUCAUUUCGGGAAAUCAGAUACAUGAUGUUCAACUGGAAGGAUACCCCAGCACGACCCUUUUGGCUUGAAGAUUUGAAAAAAUGCCGAUGUCAAGAUGUUUUGUACUCUUGCAAGCUGAGAGCCAGACAGUGUAUCUAUUUCUUUGAUGAUCUCUCCAGACAUCUUACAAAAGUUGAGACUUUGAUACUGCCUUUUGAUUGGUCCUGUAACAAAAACGUGGAAAAUCUUGUGAGAUUGAAGACUUUAAAAACUCUUGUAUUGGAGAAGAGUAGUGUCUUCCAGUCCGUGGCUCAGUCCCGACUGGAUAGAGUCCUUUCAGGUCUCCCCAAUCUCCGUCAGCUGAUGCUUGAGAUCUGGGCUCCGAGCGGGGUAACUAUGUGUAAAUACGAGCUCAACUCCAAAUCAAUGGAGUUCCUUGACGUUUCACAGAGCCGAGGAUUUUAUCUCAGAUCUCUAAACAUGCCGAGUUUGAGACGUUUCCGCGUAGCCCGACAUCCAUGGAACGGGCCUAUGGUAUUUUCGGCUCAUCUUAACAUACCCUGUCUAUAUGAAGUGUUGCGCAAUGGAGCUCCAAAUCUUUCGAUCUUGAACGACCAUUAUCUGAUGGAGGAUUGGAAAGAUGCAUGUUAUCCACGACUGGAAGAGGUUUUGAAGUCAGUCUGUUCAUGUCGAAAGCACAAAACUGGAUGGAUGAUGUGAAUGCAUAGUGUAUACAUACAAGUAACUACUGAAACGACUGGAAGAGGUUUUGAAGUCAGUCUGUUCAUGUCGAAAGCACAAAACUGGAUGGAUGAUGUGAAUGCAUAGUGUAUACAUACAAGUAACUACUGAAAUGUUAUGGUCUCAAUGAUUCCGUUGGUUGUUCAUGUUGUUUUACAUAUAUUUGUAAUAUGUAUUCAUUUUGCUUUUUAGAUGAGAAUGAAAUAGAGAAAAUGAUAUUAUAUAAAUAGUGCAUGUUUGGGAGGGUAAAAGUUGAAAUUGACACCCCGAGAAAACCAUUGUCAACCGACGCGAAGCGGAGGUUGACAAUGGUUUUCGAGGGGUGUCAAUUUAAACUGUUAUCCUCCCAAACAGGCACUAUUUAUUUUGUUAUACUGAAUGUCUUAAUUUUUAAGAAAAUUUUACUGCUUUUAUAGCAGAAUAACGUAAAUUCUACAGCGAACCGUACGCGCAUAAUUUUCGCGCAUGCAACAUUUUUUAAUGUUACCCGUUGCUAAGUGCGUUGCUAACGCUGAGGGUAAUAGAAAAUAUUAUUAACUGCCUCUUGACCAAUCAGAUUUCAGUAUUUAACAUGAAAGUAUAACAAUAUUGUUUGAUUCAUUCCCUUUGUGAUUGAGAUUUUAAAGCACUGCUUAGAUUACUAUGCACAUUCAUUGUAUUUUUUAGAUUGUAAAUGUAAUCAUGAUAUCAUCUUUAUACUGUACAUGCAAAUGCAUGUAUAAUAUUUUAAUAUCAGGAUAUUAACCAUAUGUUGGUUGGAAGUGAUUGAAAUUUUUGAUAAACUGUGAUGUCGCCUUCAGAAGUGCCAUUCUUUCAGUAUGUCAGGUAUAUAUAAUGUGUCAAGUCAAGCUGAUCAACGACUCCAAUGUUAACAGCUUCAAAAGAUUUUGAUUCUUUGAAAACAGUGCUUGAUUUUUUUUUAAGCUUUGUGUAAAUGGCAGUAACUCAGCGACUGUAAACCAAUUUAUUUUUUUUACAAAUUUUAUUGGCAAAGUUUGAGUUAUAGACUGUUUAUAAUGGCAUUAAGUUGUUGUUUUUUCUUAGAGGCAGUCAUGUUUGUUAAUUAUGUUAACUUUGUUAGAGGACACAUGCAAGCUUUGUGAGAUGCGAGUUGCAGAAAUCAAACUUGGUAGAUGGUUCUUUUUUAAUAUAUAUAAGUGACUAGAUAGACUUUCUUUGUUUUUGAGGCAAUUUUUCACUAGUCACCCUUGUAGUACAUGUAUUGACACACUUCCAAUUCUGUCUGUACGUUAUCGUACACUGUCAAAUUGGCCAGCAAAACUUGACCAUAACAAAGUCCCAAUUAUAAUCAAUAUGUUCAUAGACCUAUAUACAUGUACAUUUAUGCACCAGGUGUAGGUGUUUUGCAAUUUCAUUAAUACUUUUUAAAUGAGCAGUUGUUUAUUUAGUGCUAAUCAUCUAACAAUAAUUAUCAAAGUGAAAAUAUUUUUGGUAAAGAUAUUCAUUUUUCACACAGGGUUUCAUUUUUCAAUAAUUUUUUACAUUCUAUAACAAUACAUUUUUACUUUACAGACCAUGUUAUGAUUGUAAUACAUCUAUUUUUUGUUUGUUGGGGAGGAGAAUGAGGUUCAUAUAUAUAUAUGAACGGCCAUCAGGCAUCCAGAGAACCAGGUCACAGAAAUCAAAAUCUAUUUCUGUCUCAAUACUUUUCUAUGAAUUAUAUUGUUAAUAAAAUUUCUGAAGAAAAU